UACAAUUGAUUGCACCAUAAUCUCCGUUCCUUGAACACCGAAAUAGGAAAAGUAAUUCCACGCAAUGAAAGCAUACAUUUCGGUGUGCCUGAUUUUUAGCAUUGUCCUUACUUCAGGCAACGCCGCUUGUCCGGAAACGGAAGAUGUUGUAUGGGCUCUCGAUAUCCGUAGAAACUACUGUGAAAAUUUUCGCAAUAAGUGUUACUUUGAAGAAGAAACAUAUACAGGUUUUAAUAUAACUACCAAGGAGAAAUGCCAGAUAAAGUGCCGUACGAAUUGCAUACGUUUGACUUCGUCGACGAAAGCCACAUAUAGAGGAGUGACUCGAGUGUUUACCAAUGACUGUUUUAGACUGGCUCAUAACUGCCGCACUGGCGAAACUUAUGUUUAAGAUCACGUGGAGCCCUAUAUAUGUACACUAAGAUAGAAAUUUGUAUACAAGUCAAAAAUGUUUAAAAUAAACUUCAGUAAAAGUGUA